AACUUAAGGAUUUGAACUUGCAACCUUCCGGUUACUAGUCCACCACUCUAACCACUAGGCUACCCUGCCAUAAGAUGACUGAAGAUAAGGGUAAGCUAUUUAGAUUUCUCUGCAAACCUAAUUUGCAGAAAUUAAUCCAUAAUCACCUCUGUUACUGAAAGACAUCGUGAUUUUCAUAGAAGAUUGGUACUGUGUGUACUGAGCCCUUUGCACAUUUGUUCUUGACUAGCAUGUGCUAAAACAAGAUAUGAUGGAGCUGUGCGAUCAGACGUUUGUUUAACAUAUGGACCCGUCCUUAUUUACAGUAUGUGAGCACCACGGCAGGCAGGCAGGCUGCACUUUACCUUGAUCAGAACAGAACACAGCAGACAAGGUUCGGAGAGGGCCCUGGAGGAAGUCUAAUCCUAUUGCUGAGAGAAAAAAAUAAAUCCUCGGAGCCAAAUGUCUCUCCAGAAAUACCAUGCCUGACCAUCCAGAAAGCAGCCACCAGUUCACUCCAUUAGCUACCACAUCCCAGCUUAUUGAAUUGAAACGGAUGGUGCAUGAGUGGUGGCUGCAGGGCAGGGAUAGGUAACGUUGGAGGUAGUACACACAGAGAGAUGAGACCCCUUCAGAUCAUUUACGAUUACGGUUUUAUAUUUUCAGAUGAAAAGAGUAUACCUGGAGUAGGUUAUGUGUAGUUAGUUUAGGACUAACUCAAAUGUAGUGGUGUAACGAUAAUGUACAGACACGGUUGUGGGGACAUAUUCUUGUGACUAAAUUGGUAAACAAAUGUUGAUGUUGUCAAAUAUGUUUUAAUAAUCAGCAUAUCUGUUUCUCAUCCGAAAAAGAGAACUGUUCUGUAGCUAUUGUCCCAGGGAACGUGGAGAGCUAUGCCACUAUUCAACCCCUUGGUGUGGGUGCGGGAGUGGCUGCGACAGAGCAGAGGCUCCUCCAGACUGGUGCUGGUGGUCGUGUGUGUUGCCCUGCUACUGGAUAACAUGCUGCUCACUGUUGUCGUGCCCAUCAUCCCAACGUUUUUAUAUGCCCUUGACCACCCGACACAAGACCCCUUCAUCCAGCCAAGCACACAGAGGCCAUCUGAGGAGGGCUUCACAUUGGUCUCAGUCCACUCCUUCUACGACAACACUUCCUACAGCCUCAGAGGCUCUGAGAGCAACCUGUCUGAGGCCCUCCUCUUCAACAUCUCCAGAAACUCCAGCCAGGUGAAAGGCAGCUCAUGCCAGGAGGACAGUGCCUUCUUGGACAAGGAGAAUGUUCGUGUGGGACUCCUCUUUGCCUCCAAGGCUCUGGUGCAGCUUCUAGUCAACCCCUUCGUGGGUCCCCUGACCAACAGGGUUGGAUAUCACAUACCAAUGUUUGCUGGCUUCAUCAUCAUGUUUGUUUCAACAAUAAUGUUUGCCUUUUCAGGUACAUACGCCUUGUUGUUUUUUGCUCGCUCUCUUCAGGGAAUUGGUUCCUCUUUCUCCUCUGUGGCAGGGCUGGGAAUGUUGGCCAGUGUGUACACAAAUGAUGAGGAGAGAGGCGUAGCCAUGGGGAUCGCUCUGGGUGGAUUGGCCAUGGGAGUCCUCAUUGGAGCGCCAUUUGGCAGUGUGAUGUAUGAAUUUGUGGGGAAGACUGCUCCUUUCUUAAUCUUGGCUUUCCUUGCAGUAUUUGAUGGAGCGUUACAACUUCUUAUACUUCAGCCAUCAAAGAUUUCACCAGGAAAUGUGGAGGGCACUCCUUUGCUGACCCUACUGAAGGACCCCUACAUUCUCAUAAGCGCAGGCUCUCUGUGCUUCGCCAACAUGGGAGUUGCCAUUCUGGAGCCCACACUUCCCAUCUGGAUGAUGCAGACCAUGUGCUCUCCCAAAUGGCAGCUUGGUAUGGCUUUCCUACCAGCAAGCAUUUCUUACCUUAUUGGCACCAAUUUAUUUGGUUUGUUGGCUAACAAAAUGGGAAGGUGGCUGUGCUCCAUGAUUGGGAUGUUUAUUGUUGGCAUCAGCCUCCUUUGCGUUCCUUUUGCAAAGAACAUCUAUGGUCUUAUUGGUCCAAAUGCAGGCCUGGGGUUUGCUAUUGGAAUGGUGGACUCCUCUAUGAUGGCCAUAAUGGGAUACCUGGUGGAUAUUCGCCAUGCCUCGGUCUAUGGCAGUGUUUACGCCAUAGCUGAUGUCGCAUUGUGCAUGGGUUUUGCCAUUGGUCCUUCGAUAGGGGGCUCCUUGGUCAGGGCCAUUGGAUUUCCUUACCUCAUGGUAUUCAUUGGCAUCAUCAACAUCUUCUAUGCUCCACUGUGCUUCUUCCUGCGUAAUCCUGCCAUCAGGGAGGAGAAGAUGGCCAUCAUAGACCAGGAAUGCCCUCUGUACAGGAAGAGCUACAACACACAGAAGGAGUGUCGAGAGUUCCCUUUGAGUGACGAGAGCGAGGAGGAAACGGAGGAGUAAUAUGCUCCAACACACACAUUUUUUUUUACAGUGAAAGAGCAGAGGCAUUGUUCAUAAUGCCUUUGAAUUGACAUGAUGUCUAGAAAAGGCAUUUUGUUAGCACUUAUCUGUAUUCAAAGUUUCCUAAUGACCUCUGACCUUAUUGCUGGAAAUAACAAACAAUGGCACCUGUGUUUUUAAUAUGGUAUGUAUAGGGACAGUAGUGUUUGCAUUUUAUUGUGUGUAUGUGUGUGUGUGUGUGUGUGUGUGUGUGUGUGUGUGUGUGUGUGUGUGUGUGUGUGUGUGUGUGUGUGUGUGUGUGUGUGUGUGUGUGUGUGUGUGUGUGUGUGUGUGUGUGUGUGCGUGUGUGCGUGCGUAACUCUCUGUCAGAGUUCUGUUAAUAAUUUCACUUAAUGUACUAAGAGGUGAAAGGAACACUUGUGCAGGCUCAACAAACAUUAAAACCUACUAUAAGCUUGAAAAUUACGUUUUUACAUACAUUUGGCAUUUGAUUGUAGCUAGUUUUAUGUUCAUUUGUUGAGCCUACCAUAUGAAUCAGUAGCUUUCAAUGUUUGAAAUAUGAACAUCAAGAUAUGUUCAGUGUAUCCGGAUAAUUAAUUGGUUUAGAUCUAGAAUAAUGCUUAUUCCUAGGCCUAUUCCUAAUUGCUGAAUAUAACCUAUCCAUGAUCAUGAAAGCGGAUUAUUUCAUUCACAUCGCUCGACAAGAGAACAACGCUUGUUCAGAGCUCAUAACAGCUCAGAGCUUUUAGUUCAAAUGCUGUAACAUGUAAUAUCCUCUCUUCUAGUGUGUCUCCCUGCAUCAGCCAAUCGGCUGCUGUCUGGUAUAGUGCAAGAGCUAUCUCGCCUCACCUUUAAUUUCCUCUUUGGCUGUAGCAAGGCUCUGUCUCUGUCUGACGGCACCCUAUUCACUAUGUAGUGCACUACUUUGACCAGGACCCAUAGGGCUCUUGUCUAAAGUAGGGCACUAUAUAGGGAAUAGCCUAGGGUGCCAUUGGGACACAACCUCUGUGUUGGGUUGGUUUACUUCUAACCAAGGAGUGGAAAUUAUGAACACAAAGAGGCAAAGAUGAGAUAAAGAGAGCAAGACUGGCAUCAUUGUGGCUCAAAUGCCUCAAAUCUUCUUGGCCCACAUAAAUAACAUAUUGCCAGUACAAGCGCAUGUGAUGCGAAGCAAAUUGUCAAAGCCAAAGUAUAUAUUUGAUUGCACGUUAUAAAUGCUAAAUUAAGUCUUAUUAAAUAUAUCUGGAAAACAAAAUAAAAAGUAAAGUACAAUGGGUCAAGUGGAACAUUCCAGCUUUAUACUGAAGUUUGAAUAAAGGAAAGUUUCACCAGAAGACUCAAGUGAGAGGCUAUUUCAAAAUGGUGGAAGUUUUAUUUGAGACACCACAUUUAAUUUUCUUUAAUUUUACCUUUAUUUAACUAGGCAAGUCAGUUAAGAACAAAUUCAUAUUUUCAAUGACUGCCCAGGAACAGUGUGUUAACUG